GUGGUGUUUUUCAAAACCCACCAGGCGGCCCUUCAUUUUUUUAGGAAGCGCAGCCCCAACCUGGGGCUUGUUCUUUCAUGCGAGACCCGGUUUGCAUCUGUGUACUCCAUGUUGGAGAGGCUCAUGGCCCUGCAGAACACUUUGCAGGACAUGAUGCGAGGGGAUGGCUCGCGAGCUUUUGCCUCCAUCCCGUGGUCUGCCGAUGUUUGUUACAUGGCACAGUGGGUGCGCCGACAGAUCAGAUGGGAUCCUUGGUGGCAGAGGGUGGCCACCAUCGUCCAUAUCAUGGAGCCCGUGAUGCAGAUGCUCCGGCGGAUGGAUCGUGGAGGGCAGUUCAUGUCGCUCAUGGUCGAGUGGGCACAGGAUCUUGUGCAGAGGGUGAAGGAGGCAUGUGCUCCUUUGGGGUCCUCAUACGCAGACCGGAUCAUCAGGCGUGUGCAGGCCCGCAUGCAGCACAUGCUAGAGCCGGCCCACUGCGUUGGGUUCUUACUGAACCCCCGCAGGCGACAUGUUCAUUAUUUUUCCGGCAUGGUGGAGUACCAUGCUUGGCUUGUGAGGCAAGCCAAGAGGUACAUUCUGACGCAGACGGGUUUCGAGUUGGAGGGUGCGGAGUACCUCCUUGUCUGCCUCCAGUUCGAGGACUUCCACAUGCAGCAGGGCAGGUUUGGUGAUUGGGGCGGGUGGAGGGGCGUGCUCGUGGGCGUGCGUGUAGCGGUGAUGCCGAGACGAUCGAGUGCGCGUCUUGGUGGUCUCAGUACGGGGCUGGCACCCCUGAGUUGCAGCGAUGACCUUGCGCUCCCCAUCCCUCGCGAGAUCGACGAGACGCACGAGGAGGCCGAUGACGCCGAGAUGAGGACAUACACCGCACGACGGGCGGUGGACCGGGCGGACAGGGACAUGCUGAGGGGAGACGGGGAUUUUUGGGGCCCUUUCGGGGAGGUGGCUUCCACGGGUCAUGUGCGCGAUGCUAGAGCCGGGGGCUCGCAUGUGGGCUCGAGCCUUGCAGAGGCGGGGAGACCGACUCCUACUCCUACGAGGCGAGAGUCGCCCAUUAGGCCACCUCCUGCGCUGAGUCCUGCACCGCCCACCCCCGUCUCGCCUUUUCAGCCGACCACUACACAGGCGGAGACGGAGGAGUUGGCAUCCUCCUUGCCUCCGCACGGGUUUCUCCAGAGGUCGACGGUGGUUCGACAGUUGAGGUCACGAUCAACUUCCCCGGGGGACGCACUUGAGGAGGGGGAUGUGGCAGCAGCGGCGCAUGAGGCACCAGCAGUCGCGACAGCGGAGGAGGAGGUGCCAACACAGGCGACGGUUGAGGAGGAGGUGCCAGGUUACGCAGCAGUGGAGGGGGGGAUAACAGCAGCAGUGGAGGGGGAGGAGGAGGUAGCGAUAGCGGCGACGGUGGCAGCCGUUCCUAUGGAGCAUGGGACACCGAUGAGCAGCUCGUGCAGCGCUUCAUCAGGGAGGAGGUCGAUCCGGUCGUGGGGGGCAGUGGAUGAGGCUGUGCAGGCAGGACAGGGGCGAGACGAGGGGGCUAGAGACGCACGGCCCGUGGUUCAGGAGACAGCAACGGGUCCAGUCGUUCCAUUCUCGGGCCUGCACUUGGCUGAGGGCCGACGGUCGCAGCCGGUUCAGGUGGCAGUGCAUGAUGUGCCACCGCCCGUUAUCACGGAUUUGGGGUCUGAGCCGGUGGUUGUGCCUCCACGUCCUCGUAGUCACUUUGCUCCGCAGGAGGAGUUGGCGAGAGAUGUUGUGCGCGAUGUUACUCGAUUGGACCGGCGGAUCUUCGACCAGAGGCUCGAGCAUCCACCGUGGCAGGCUAUCCCUUCGGUUCCAUGGGGUUCUUUGUCACCCGUGUGGUCUGGGUCUACCUCCAGCGGAGGACGUACCGUGGGAGAUGUUCCAGGGGUUUCGGGUGCCGUGCAGGAGAGCGCCACAUGCAAUAAGAAGAAGAGGGCAAGCGAACAAGGGAUUAGGGACAAGGACAUAACACAAGCUGAUUCCAAGGAUGCACUAUGCGAUUUGAGAUCUAAAAAUUGGAAGACCUCCAUGAACCCGAAUAAGAAAGGGAACAAUAGAAGUCAGGCUGAAAAGGAACCAGCAGAGAAAUCCGCAAGGAGUGAACUUGGGCAGGAAAUCGCGGUGGUUGAAGCCCAGGCAGAGAAGCUCAAGAUAUUGAACACGGCUUAUGAGCCGAAGUACUUCACGCUCAAACAAAUUGCAGAAGGCAAGGCCCCAGAGGUGUUGGGGCAAGCACAAUUUGCAAGGCUGACACUGAUGGGAACAAAACCUCUACUGGCAGCUCGGUUCAUUGAGGAGAAGAAAGAAUGGCAGAUCGCCACUGAUGUGUCGUUUGCAAUCCCUAGGAUUGAGCAGACACCGGUAGCACCUAGGGGGGCUCCAUCUAUUGGUGGGGAGCUGCACCUGCUGGAAACCGGGUCCAGCGUCCCUUACAUAUACCAGGAUCAGCUCACGUAUUUGACACGAACGGGAGCGAGAAACCGUUUUUUCCAUAAACUUUAUGAGGACAUGAUACAUAGAGAGAGGAAGGCAGAGGCAGCAACCAAAGCCACAAGUAUUGCUACACAAGUGGCCCUCCUCGAGGUUCCGGAGUCUAGUGAAGACCGGUUCAGAGAGAAGCUAGCUGCUGCCGUAGCAGCCUUGGUUCAAUUGCGGACCUUGGAAGAUCUCGAGUCCCGUGUGACAGCUCUAGAGCAGCGGAACCAAGAGCUGCAGGCUGAGAUAGUCAUCUUCAAACAAUCCCAACUGGCUGCCCCCCGUACUCCUAAUCCUCGACCUGCUGCAGUCCUAGUCUCUCACCCUAACACAGUCCUCAUGCAGAGAGCAAGUGGAACUGUGAUGAGCACAGGAACCGGUGCCGGCUCCUCAAGCGGUAGCGCCAACAGUUCUACACUGGUCCCAGUCCCAAACGCAGGAACAUCAGCCCAAAACGCCGCAGUUCUUACUGGCGUACAAUACAGCGGUCCCAUGGUGGACAAGAGGGCGGUCACACUCCUGUCCAAGUACGACGGGAAGGGGGAUAUCACCUCUUGGAUCAGCUCCAUGCGCGCAUACUUCGAGAUAUUGCGAACACCGCAGGAAGACCGAAGCAUGAUCAUGGGCACAACUACGGAACCCGUCGUAUGGAGUUUCAUAGAACUCCAAGCUGUUACUGCAGGUUAUGAGAGGAUUGACCUAACUGAGUGGCUGAAAGUAACUCAUGUACCGUCUAUACGUACUCUUGAGGACCUCCUCAUCGUGCAGUAUCAAGAUAAGCACGCUACGCUCGAGGCAAGGCUAAAGCUUGAGGCCCUCAAAGGCCAAAAGUGGAGGACUUCCAUGCAGGCUUUGGAGCAGCACUUGACUGAUCUGUUCACUACUCCAAACCUGAGUUGGAUUGACGUGUCCUGUAUGGAUGAAGGAAUGGGAGUGGCCCCUGAAGACUAUGUCUCCCAACUAGGACUCAAGGACCAUACGACCUGGCGUGAGCUACUGACGGAUCUAGUCAACCUAGAAGCCAAAGACCUCGCCAGGUGUGCGAAGACACCCGCUGCAGGUAAAACCUUACGACGCAAGUGGUACAGAAGCAACAACCAGCUUGCCCUGCAUGAACAUUGGGAGGUUGAGGAUUAGUCCUAAGCGGAUGAUCUGUCUCUAGAUGACGAUCUGGAGUCGGACUUCGCUAUGGGUUGUUUUACAUC